AUGCAGUCCCUAGAUGAGGGUGGAAAGGGCUUCCCCAAUUUACCCGGAUCUGCAAGCUUGCUCAGUGACUUAGGAAAAUGUUUGUUGGUCAAGCUCCGUGGGCAUAAGUGCUACAUAGGAUACUUGAGAGCUGUUGAUCAGUUCGGAAACAUCGUCUUAAGUGAAGCAGUUGAGCGAAUUUUCGUUGGAAAUAAGUAUGCUGACAUAAGCCAGGGUAUCGUGUUGGUUCGUGGUGAGAACAUAUCCCUCAUUGGAGAGCUUAAGAGCGACUAUGCCAUUUCCUCUUCUUAUGAACGUGUCUCCGAAGAAGAAAUAUUCCGCUUGCAGGCAGAUUUGAUUUCCGAACGGAGAGAAGCACACAAGCGCAGAAUAGAAAUUCUCGCUUCGCGUGGAAUCCCAUGGUUGGAUCAGGAUUUUAUGGAUGACAUGUGA